AUGCCUACAGAAGAGCAACUUAGACAGAUGCAGGAAAUGAGGGACGACCAAGAAUCUGUGAUGCUACAGACAUGGCUUUACGAACCCAAAGACGUUACUUCCGCUACGGAUGUCUGGUCGUCUGAGCGAGCAAUCGCCAAACCGAGACCCAAGACGAGUGCUACCAAGCCAUACGAGAAGAACACCAAGAAGAAUGAUGCAGCAAAGGCGGGAUGA